AUGCAGACGGUAGAGUGUGGAACUAGUCCUGAGCUGUUCCUCGCAAGGAUCAUAGUACUCUUGAAGUGCUUUAAAUGGCUCUCAGGGUCAGAGUCCCCCUUGAAAGGAGUGAUGGACGGUGUUGUGAACCGUUUUGGAGGUGCGGCCUGCUCCACCUCGUCGGUGAAGGGUGAGGAGUUUACUUGA